UCAGAAGUUGACGUUUCAGUUGUGCGCUAUGGGUUGAUUAUUUUUGGAUUUUAGUUUUAUAAAAUAUGGCUCAAUUGCUUUAUGUCAUUGCUAGCUUACACGUGUUACUAUGCCCAUUUACAAAAGUCGAAGAAAGUUUCAAUAUACAAGCAUUUCACGAUAUUUUAUAUCAUCGACAUAACCUCUCACAGUAUGACCACAAUGAGUUCCCGGGAGUGGUGCCGCGUACAUUCGUCGGACCGCUUAUUAUUUCGGCUCUAUCGGCGCCUAUGGCCGCAAUUUUUCAUCUGUUUGGGAUAAAUAAGUUUUGGAUGCAGUAUGUUGUGCGUCUAGUAUUAGCAUUGACAGUGAUUGGAGCAUGGACGCGGCUGAGGAACACGCUUCAGAAACAGUUUGGGAACACAUUUGCUUGGUGGUUCACUUUAAUAACAGUCACACAGUACCACUUCAUGUUUUACAUGAGCCGUCCACUACCUAAUAUUCUAGCACUACCCCUUGUGUUGCUAGCCUUUGAAGGAUGGAUAUCAGGCAAUCGCAAGCAGUUCCUGAUAUCAGCGGGGGGCAGCAUGAUCAUCUUCCGGUCGGAGCUGGCGGUGCUGUUCGGACUGUUCCUUAUCAUUGAUAUGUACUUUAACAAGAUUGACUUCAAAACGUUGCUCAAAAUAGUGUUACCGGCCGGCGCGGGCCUGGUGGCGCUGACCGUGGUGGUGGACUCCGUGUUCUGGGGGCGGCUGCUGUGGCCCGAGGCUGAGGUGUUCUGGUACAACACCGUGAUGAACAAGAGCUCCGAUUGGGGUACUUCCCCAUUCCUCUGGUACCUAUACUCGGCGCUGCCCCGCGGGCUCGGCCCGAGCUUGCUCCUAGCGCCCCUAGGCGCGUACCUAGACAAGCGAAUGGUGCAAGUGGUAGCUCCGGCCCUUGUCUACGUGUUGCUGUACUCAAUGUUGCCGCAUAAAGAGCUGCGGUUCAUUAUAUACGUGUUCCCGUUGUUCAAUAUGGCUUCCGCUGCGGCCUGCUCUUAUAUAUUCACUCGCCGAACGAAAGCGCCGAUCUUUGAGCUCCUAUUCUGGGGCACCGUUGUGGUAGUGGUCGGCAAUGUGCUGCUAUCAGUCGCCUUCGUGUCCGUAGCCAUGACCAACUACCCGGGCGGGGUCGCCAUGACGAGAUUUCACAAGCUCCUAAAGAACGAACCCUACGUCCACGUACAUAUCAGCAACUUGGCAGCACAGACCGGCGUCACUAGGUUCACACAGAUCCACAACCAUUGGCAAUACAGCAAAAACGAAUCUCUCGACGCAGACCAAUUACAACAGUACACCCACCUCCUAAUAGAAGCUAAGAGUAAAUAUUCACCAAACCUCAAAGCAUUCACACAUACGCAUACAGUUCUAGAGGGUAUAGAUACGUUUUCUGCAGUUUCCCUAAAUUAUAAACUUUUACCUCCGAUCAAAAUAAAAACUCGCCCAGCGCUGUUUAUUCUACAGAGGAGAGAUUUUCGUGAAUUUCCACAUGGUCAUAAAGUACGUAUUGAUAGCAGUGGUCGAGAAGAAUCGGAUUUAAGUAGACCUCCAGACGACGGUAUGUACAAUGAAUUGGAAACAGAAUAUGCUAAUUAUGAUAGUUCUGAAUCUGAAGGUGUGCCAGAUGAAGAACAAUUUGUUGAAGAAGAAGUACGAACAGUUGAAAUUGAAGAGCCAAUAGUUAAAGCAGAAAAUAUUGUUGAAACUGAAGAAGAAUCACCUGCAGAAGACGAGACAGCUAACGAUGCAAGUGAUCUACCCGUCGAAGACAGUAUUGGCGAAAUAGACAACACAGUACCUGUUCAAGAAAUUGAAGAGAAGGAAGAAUCUAAAAAGUCAAAAGUUAAGAAAGCAAUUGAAGAGUUGAAAAGUUUGAGAAAAGAGAAAAAACGAAAAGCGAUAGCGAAAAUAAAAUCUGAAACUCGUAAAGAGGUCGUGGCAUCUGCUAAAGAAAAGCUCAGGGAGUUGAUGAGACGACACAAAAAGAUUGCAGAGGAACUCUCUGGUGACGGUGUUGGUACAGAACAUAUAGUUGAAGAAGAUGGCAGAGGUGAUAUACCUGAAGAAAUACAGGAAACCGUCGUUGACGAUCUAACUCAAGUUUAUGCUGAAAAUCAUGUUGAACAGGAUGUUACUGAAAAUAUUAAAGUUAAUGACGAAACGGCGGGCACAAAUAAAAACAUAGACGAAAUAGUGGAAGAAGUUAUAGCUAGACUUAUAGAUAGGAAAAUAUAUGACGAUAAAACUAAACCAGAGGAUAUCAAAGCCGAGGACAGGCAAGUGAUCCAACAGAUUGUAGAAGAGGUCCUAGCAGAGAAAAUUAACUAUACUAGAUUUGAUCAGUAAUUGUUUUUAGUAUUUACUGACAUUGUUACAGUUACUAAUUUGAUCUCGGAUAUAGUUAUCUAACUGACUACCUUACCGUCAGAUUAAAAUAAC